AUGGACCAGAGUGGUGAGAGCUCCCACAUUAAGUUAGGGACGCAGCUGGUCAAUCCGCUGAAGAUGGAAAUAGGCGCUGCUGCUGCUCAUUUCAGCUUCUGCCAGAACCUUCUGGAACACACCGUGUCGGCUGAGAACCUCAAUUAUCGCCUACAGAGGAGCUCGGGUACCAGCCUAACUUGGCAUGACGGGCGAAGCCAGCGGUCGGCAGGCGGGAGAACCGUUAAACUCCUUCAACAACCAGGAACUGAAGGCUCCCAGGGCCGAUCCUACGACCACUACGGGAUCUACCACACCAGUCCGACGCUAGGCAGCCUUACCAAGCCGGUGGUGCUGUGGACGCAGCAGGAUGUGUGCAAAUGGCUCAAGAAACACUGCCCGCACAAUUAUCUCAUCUACGUGGAGGCCUUUUCUCAUCAUGCCAUCACAGGUCGGGCGCUCUUACGGCUGAACGCAGAGAAGCUGCAGCGCAUGGGGAUCAUCCAUGAGUCUCAGCGGCAGGAAGUCCUCCAGCAGGUGCUGCAGCUUCAGGUGCGGGAAGAAGUCCGCAACUUACAGCUCCUCAGCCAAGAGACCAGCUGCCCUCUGGCCGAGAAUCCGUGCCACACCAAGCAGCCUCCGCCGCCGGGCCUCGUGAAAAUCAGCCUCGUGGCCCCCGAUCACAGGGCGAAACUGUUCCCGUGACGAAAGCCAUGUUGGACUGGGAGCAGAGAGACCUCAGGUGGCUUUUCCCCCCCGGAAGUGGCCACAGGACAGUCGGUGGAGUCAGACAAGGUCUCCCGUCUCCAGUUGUCUAUAUUCCGAAUAAUGCGCCUCCCUUGUGUUUCAUGGGCUGGUCAGGGAGUGGCCUCAACCUGGCGUGGCUCACGAGGAAGAGGCCGAGCGACGGCCUUUGGUAUGAACGCAGCGGGUGACCUUGUUGGGCGAAGGAUUCUCUGCCUCAUCAGCGCGACGCCGACGGUGGCAGCAGUUACUUCGCAGCCAGGAGAAGAUUCGAACGGAGGACUUUCCAGUUGUAACUGUUACUCUAGCAUAAUUCUUUACUCUAGGAGUACCAGGCAUGGGGGGAUGAAAUAUCCAGGUGGCAUUACUAAAGCCUAACAGAAUGGCCAGAUUCUUUUGGAGGCGAUAAAGAGUACAAGGGGAGCCCUGGAAAUUGUCUCCCCCGAUGGGUCGCCCUCCGUGUACCGAACCGUGCACUAGUGAUCAUGCUAGACGAAGGAACUACUUGCACGGUUACCUUUGUGCAUGUGGUUUCUCACAAGGGGACUUGGGCGGUCGUCUGAUGCAACUCGGGCCCGUUGCACAAAUUAACAAUGCUGGUACCGCAGAGUGAAAAUCUUUGGACUAGAAUUCUCACAAUGUCCCAGCAUUCUGGGAGCUGUAGUCCAAGAAGGUCCAAUCUCCCAUCUCAAUACAUGAUAAGUAGGGAGAGCACUUUUGGAUCACAUCAAAGGUCCAGAAUCCUGUUUCCUGCUAUGGUUGGCUGACAAGCUGCAUGUCAUGGCAAAUGCACCCUUUCAGUUGUUCUGUGCCAUGAAUAGUAUCCAGAGGUGGACUGGUUUUGGUGCUGAAGGUAAAAAUGCCAUCAUUUUCAGAAUACGCACCGAUAGGCCUGGUCUCCAUGAAUUGGUUUUAUCCCCUUUGGAAGCUGUGCCACGUCAGCAACCAUCAGUACCUCUUGUGGCAAGGAGUUCCACUGGGUAAACUCUGUGCUGCAGGAAGAAACAUUCGGCCCUGAAUCUUAUACCACUCAGUUUCAGUAGAUAACCCUACUGGUUAACAGUGUGGUGAAAGAGAAGAAAUAAGUCUUCACUUUCCUCACAUAAUGCAGAAUUGUAAAUCUGUUUUUUGGAAUCCGGCUCUCAGAAUUCCCCUGGCAGCUAAGCUAUUCUGGGAGCUAUAAUCCCAAAACACACAUUUGUACACCCUUAUUUUAUAAUAAGUAUAGUUUUAAUUAAAAAGCCAUUGAUAAUAUCAUUAUACUGCGGUUACCUUACUUUCUUAGGAGUUCAGGAUCCCCCCUCCGCCGUCCUGCAGGUGACCCCCCAUGGUCCCUUCCAGCCUUCAUCUUCUAUGAUCUGAGAGAUCCACCGGAUCUUCCCAAAAUGUGUUGUUGGCUCCUUGAGGUAUGAUGGCCAGUCCUGAACACGCCUCUUGUGCAAAGCUUCUUGAACCAAACAAAGUCACAUCUGGCGUGGGUGCACCAUCCCCACCAAGUUACAGGAUUGCUCCUCCUGGCCCGACACUUUGGCUUGCGGUUCACGAUCCUGUCGGUGGCUCUGACUUGGAAACCAUUUAAAAGGGAUCAGAGACAUUCACGGAGGGCAUGAAGAGUUUCAGAACCCGUGCGCCUCUGGAAACAAGGCUGCGUAGCUCACGCCUCCAUGAGGACCGCUCCUCCGAGGCUGGCUGCCCUGGGAGACAGAAGGCUGGAGAGUAAUUGGAAAUUGGCAGCGUUACUUUAAAAAAAAAAUCACAACUUCCCAAAUGGGCAGCCAGCUUAGGAGAUGGGCUUACUCCCUCACACCUGGUCUGGACCAGAGCAUCGCUUCUGGUUACAGAAUGGGCACUGCCAGAUCCUCCCAGGCAUACCUAAUUAAAGAUGGAAACGGGCAUGUCUGUUUUAAAGGAGGGCGCAGAGAGUGGGGUGGGUGGAAGGUACACCAGGUAGGUGUAAGCCAUUCCUUUCCACACUGAGGCAUACAGUAGCUCCUUCCCUCUCUCCCCCCCCACCCGCUCAAGUGCUUCAGAGCGCCGGAGGUGAGCUGGCCUACUUAAGCAGCCGCCUGUGAAAGGCGGUGGGCAACGGAGAUGCUCGCUCUCAUCUCGCCUGGUGCUGAGCUGCUUUUUGCCCCCCAGGCUCCGUCCAAACCACUCGCCUGUGAAGAAACAAUGCUUUUGAUUAACUCCUCGGCAGCCCUCGCAGAGAAAUCUCACCGCCUGCGACCGGCAGGCGAUGAAGGCUUCUUACCAAGUGUCCAAAAUCAUUUCCCCCAAAGCCAUCAAUCCACCUUUGAGAGCGGCAGCUCCCCUCGAGGGUGGGUAGCUUUUGCCUUUCCAUCCCCUCUCUGGAGAGAACUAGAUUCUGCAAGAUCACGUUGCUUAAAGCGCCUGGAUUCUGGGAGACCUGGUUUUCAAACUCCCCAGGUAGGUAGAACGAUGGUUUGGCUCACCGCCAGGCAGCUCCCUGUAUUCCUAGAAAUUCGGGUUCUCCUGGUUUCUGACGGAGCAUCUGAUGCAUUCUGGCAAGCGGCGGAGUUCCAGAUGGCGGGCGAGGAGAUGGUAUUUUGUGAACUCCGGCCUCGCCUGAGACACCCUUUUAACUGGAGGUGCUUUGGGGAGAAUCCAGACCUUUCUUGCCGGGCUAAGCAUGCUGCCGUACCACUGACCUCAGCUCCCGAUAUCGAAGAGCAGCCAUGCGCAUAAGAAGUUGUCGGCCGAGAACACUGUUAAAACAAAGUGGACUACAAGCCCCUGUGAGCCACCCACCCCAAAAAAGGAGAAAGCAGCCCUGCCUUUUUAGUCACUUUACAUGGGGAAAAUGUGUCUCUCUCUGAUCAGUGGCGUGAAUGUUGGAGGAGGGUACGGACCGAACGGGAGCUUCCCUGAAUCUCUGGCUUGCUGCAAAUCCACAGGGUUCAUAUUUACAUCAUUCACCGCCCUUCACCUGCGUAGCCCCAUCUGGGUUCUUCAUUGUGCCAAAUUGGGGUAAAAUUAGCAAAUGAACUUUUGCAUCGAUUCUUGAGCCACUCGCUUGCAAAAUGUACUUAUACAGUAUUUGCAUUUGCUCCAUGCCUGUCAAGGGAUUGAUUUUAGGCCUCAGUGAUGCAUAUGAGGUGCAGCAACUGGCAGCUAGGCGCAUCCAGGACUCCGGAGUGUGACUUU